GAUCUAUUGUACUGAUACCUACCGCCACUUACCGUGAGGCAUCAAGCGAGGCCUUGUGGCAUCUGAUCGGUCGGUGGUAGCAUUUCCUGCUGGAUGUUCAGAUUUGAUUCUUCAUGAGUGGCUCUGGAGCAGCAGGAUGCUACAGUAGUAGCUAUCCAUCUCCAAGGCAAACUGCUACCCCCCUUCUUCUCACAAGCGGCGCUCAAAGUUUGUUUGACCGCCGCUUGUGGGCCUGUUGCCGUAGCUAGCUGAGAGUUGUUGGUCUCCACAGGCAUAAGGAAUAGCACCUCAGUGUUACAGGCCCAGUCUAAAAGUUCUACAUUGUGUAGACCUCAGUGGCAUCUGACUGUGUCAAUCGUGCCGACGGUGGAAAGCGUUAAGGAGGCCUUGUGGGAAGUGGGAGGUGCGCCCAAAGAUUUGCGGAGUGAACUUGUAGAAAAAUCUUUGGCGAUGAUGAUGUUGUCAGGCGGUUGUCUUGCCUCUCCGACUAUUAGUAAGGCAUUGCAGAAACACAUGCAACUGAUGCAAUGGAAAACUCACAUGGUGGCAGGGUCCCGCUGUGGAUCUGAAGGACCCGUUUCUUUUGAAAUUUUGGUUCUGAUCUUUGCAAGGAUUGGCAUUUGAGGACAGAAGGCCCCGUCCCGGAUGUGAGAUGGCCCACAACUUUCAUGGAAGUCGCUUUAUAAAUAGCAUCCCUCCACAAUGGCCAGGAACAAGCUAUUAUUCUACACUUCUCUUGUGUUGUAUAUUCUCGUGUCCUCAUCCCAAGCAGCUGCCACGAACAAGCCCUUGUUCGAACAGAACCAACAGAACGAUGAAAAACAUGGACACGGACUUCGUGGUCUGACUGGCAAUCCCAAACUGCAGGAUAUGUCGAUAGGUUUGGGAAAUCCCAAGUUGAACUAUGUUGCCGGAAAGACGCCAACCCGAUUACCUACCCCAUUGCCGACAUCGCCACCAGUUCCAACCGUAAGCCCUGCUCCUUCGGAUCGGCCUUCAACUGUUCCGUCCGAAGCGCCCAGCCCCAGUCCUACACCGCCCCCUACUCCCAUUCCGGUGCCAAUAACCCCGGCACCGACACCAUUGCCCACGUUCGCGGCAGCAACACCUUACUCAGCCUCCUGCAGCCAAGGAAGCCCGUUUUGGACUGACCCGACUUGGGCAGGUCGGGUCCAGUGCACAAGCACCACAGACUGCAGAAAUACGCUUGUGCCAAACAAUUGUUGCUUGGUAGACGUGUGUCUUUGUGGCUUCUUCCGGCCUGGAUUCCAAGAUGGUACGCUGUGUAGUAGAUUGUGAAUGGGAAUGCUUGAGAUAGCCAUCAUUACGUAAUAGUCCACAGAAAUGUACC